AUGAAAGUCCAAGAUAUAAAACAAAUAGGAGAAAGAGUGAUACGCAAAUGGACCACCAAAGAUGGUUUCAUAGGCGACUAUGACUACAAGUAUCUCUUUGUACCAGAAAUUCCAUUCAAAAAGACUGCAACCAAGAGACAGCCCUUUUUUGGAUUAAAUUCAGAUAUGCCACUUUUGCUAGGAUUUAUACUCGGGUUUCAACAUGCAUUGGCGAUGCUUGCUGGUGUGGUCACACCACCUAUUCUUAUUGCCGUUGCUGCAAAUCUUGAUAGUGCAACACAAGAGUACCUUGUUAGUGCUUCCUUAAUCGUGUCAGGGAUAUUGUCAUGCAUUCAAAUUACUAGAUUUCACAUUUACAAAACUCCUUACUUUUUGGGAACUGGUUUGCUAUCAGUGGUGGGUACCUCGUUUGCAACCAUUUCAAUUGUCACCAAAGCCUUACCAGUGAUGUAUCAAACAGGAGUGUGUCCGGUAGUGGACGGUGUAAAUCAGCCAUGCCCUGAUGGAUAUGGGAUGAUUUUGGGAACAGGAAUAGUUUGCUCACUAUUGGAAAUCCUCUUGUCGUUUAUGCCUGCUAAGCAAUUACAAAAGAUAUUCCCUCCUAUUGUUACAGGGCCUGUCGUGUUAUUAAUUGGGGUGCAUUUAAUUGAAACUGGUUUCCAAGAUUGGGUUGGAGGGUCUGAUUGUGUAGGCGAAAUGUGUGGUACGGCUCAUCCAUUAGAAUGGGGUUCUGCUGAAUUCAUAGGAUUAGGUUUCCUCGUUUAUGUUACAAUCAUUAUCGCCGAAAGGUUUGGUUCUCCUAUUAUGAAAUCAUGUGCUGUUAUCGUUGGUUUAUUAGUAGGUUGUAUUGUUGCAGCAGCCUGUGGAUACUUCAGUAGAACAAACAUUGAUGCUGCUCCAGCAGUUACAUUUGUAUGGGUCCACACGUUUAAGUUAAGAGUUUACGGGCCUGCUGUCUUACCGUUCCUAGCAGUAUAUAUUGUGUUAAUGAUGGAAGCAAUUGGUGAUAUUACAGCUACUUCUGAUGUAUCGAGAUUGGAAGUUGAAGGAGAAGUUUACGAAUCAAGGGUCCAAGGAGGUAUAUUGGCAGACGGGUUCAAUGGAUUGUUAUCAGGUUUGAUGACUGUCACACCCAUGUCUACCUUUGCCCAGAACAAUGGUGUCAUUUCUAUAACUAAGUGUGCUAAUAGAAAAGUCGGGUACUGGUGUGCCUUCUUCAUGAUCAUAAUGGGUAUAUUCUCCAAGUUCGCUGCUUCAAUUGUGGCGAUUCCAAAGGCAGUGUUAGGUGGUAUGACAUCGUUUUUAUUUACAUCUGUUGCUGUAUCUGGUAUCAGAAUUAUCUCUACGAUUGAAUUUACAAGAAGAGAUAGGUUUGUGUUGACCGCAUCUUUGUUGCCAGGUAUCGGUUCAAUUUUGGUGGCAAACUGGUUUGAUAACGUAUUUACCUAUUCUGGAAGUAAUACUGCCUUACUGGGCUUUUUUGAUGCAAUAGUUUUGGUUAUGGAAACAGGUUUUGCCGUAACUGGUUUCAUUGGUUUAAUUUUAAACCUCAUCCUUCCUGAAAUGGAUGAUGGCCUUGAAGAGUUUGACGAUGUUGUUAUUGAAUCGUCGGAUUCAGAACAAAAUAGCUCAGAUGUUAAUUCUAAGCAAAAGAGAAUUGUGAAGGUAGAGAGUGUGUAA